GAAAAAAAAAAACAAGAAAUGGAGCUCCGCUUCCUUUCGCUCGAUCCCGUGAUACUCGUCUCCUCUCUCCUGUGCCUCUCCGCGUACGCGCUCCUCGUCCUCGUCGCCAGGUCCAGGAGCAACUGCGGGGCACGAAUCUCGAAGCUGCCGCCGGGCCCGCGCGCGCUCCCGCUGAUCGGGACGAUGCACCACGUGGCGCGCGCGGCGCGGCGUGCGCCGGGGGGCGGGACCCAGCGGGCGCUGCGGGAGCUGGCGCGGGUCCACGGGCCCCUGAUGGGCCUGCGCAUGGGCCAGCUGGACCUGGUGGUGGCCUCGUCGCGCGAGGCCGCGGAGGCGAUCCUCCGGACGCACGACCGCAACUUCGCGUUCCGGCCGCCGCUGCUGGUGGGCCAGAUCCUGGCCUACGGCUGCAGCGACAUGGUGUUCGCCCCCUACGACGCCUACUACAAGCAGCUGCGCCGCAUCUGCCUCACGGAGCUGCUCGGCCCGAAGCGCGUCCGGGCCUUCGCGAGCAUCAGAAGGGACGAGGUGGCCAAGCUGGUCGAGGACAUUACUGCCGCUGCCGCUGCCGCGGCGGGGCCGAAGCCGUCGGCGGUGAAUUUGAGCCGCAGGCUGACCACGAUGACGAACGCCGUGAUCUCACGGGCGGCGUUCGGGCAGCAGAACGCGCAGCACCACCGCUUCCUGGAUGUAGCCAAGGCCGCUGUGGAGACCGCGGCGGGCUUCAGCAUCGCCGACGCCUUCCCCUCCUUCAAGUUCCUCGACGUCAUCUUCGGCCUCCGCGCCAGGUUACUGAAAGUACGUAAGGAACUUGACGAAAUCUUCGAUGAGAUAAUCGAACAACAUCAGCAAAAGAAGUCGAAUGCCGGCCGCGACGGUGAGGACGAGGAGGACUUGAUAGACCUACUCCUCAGGCUUAAGGAUCAUGGCGACCUCGAAAUCCCUAUUUCAAUUGAUAACAUAAAGGCCGUGAUUCUGGAUCUAUUUCUUGCGGGGACGGACACGUCGUCAGCGCUGCUCCAAUGGGCCAUGUCGGAGCUGAUCAGAAACCCCGACGCGAUGGCAAAGGCGCAAAAGGAGGUCAGGGAAGCACUGAAAGGAACGGACGGCAUUGUCGAAGAAGCCCAAGUAAACGAGCUCAACUAUCUCAGAAUGGUGGUGAAAGAAGCCCUACGACUGCACCCUGCAGUGCCGCUGCUCAUCCCUAGAGUGUGCCAGUCGACGUGCCAGGUGGAGGGAUACGAGAUCUCGCCGGGGACGCGCGCCGUCGUCAACGUGUGGGCCAUCGGGCGGGACCCCAAGUACUGGACGGAGCCGGACCGGUUCAUGCCGGAGCGGUUCGCGGAGCCCGGCGCAGCCGACUACAAGGGGACCAGCUUCGAGCUGCUGCCGUUCGGGUCGGGGCGGCGGAUGUGCCCUGGGAUGGUGUUUGCACUCGCCGGCGUGUUCGUGUCCCUCGCAGAGCUGCUCCGUCGGUUCGAUUGGCGGAUGCCGGACGGGAUGACGCCUGAGGAGCUCAGCAUGGAGGAGACCAGCCUCGCGCCAGCGGAGCGCACUACAAAAAAAAUAGAUUUUAGAAGCGGUCGAAACCGCUGGUAAAAGUCUAUAGAACCGCUGGAAAAAUGUUUCCCGACAUUUGUAAAACCGUCGGAAAAAAUUUUAUAACCGC